AUGAAAAAUACUACAAAAAUCUGUUUAACACUGCUAGCAUAUGUUACCUUGAAUCUCUCCUCUGUUUAGUCAUAGAUGCAAGAGCGAUGGACAGUGCCUGAAGCAUAAACACAGUAGCGCAGAAGAAUGUGGCACAUGCAUCUGGAAAGUGCUGAGUUAUAUGGAAACUCGACUGACCUAUAAUACUUCUACGUGAAUGUGUACUUUGGCUCGCAGAGACAUCCGCAAACUUUGAUAGCUGAUACUGGCAGUGGCAUUGCAGCUAUACCUUGCAAAAACUAUUGCAAUCACUGCGGUAAUCACAUUAAUGAGUUCUUUGACAUUGAUGGGUCAUAGUCAAAGUAUAUCUACAAUUGCAAGACAGACUCUGGCUGCGAUUGCCACAAUGGACAGUACUGUAAGUUCAGUUAGGCUUACGGAGAGGGAAGCAGCUACCAUGGCUUUAUUGCUAAAGAUAAGGUUCAUUUCGGAGAGCAUCACCAUCCUAACGAGGAUGCAUUCGAAUUCACAUUUGGUUGUGUCCAGGAUGAGACCAACCUGUUCUACACAUAAAAAGCUGAUGGUAUCCUGGGAUUAACUAAAAGCACCUAUUCACAUCACAUGCGCCCCAUAUUUGAUGUAAUGAAGGACAACCACCUUAUUGAGAAGAGAUAGUUCUCACUGUGCUUGGGUAAAAACGGAGGUUAUUUUCAAAUAGGUGGGUAUGAUGGAACCAGACAUCUAGAGGAAGUUUAAUGGAUACCCCUGCUAUAAACUUCACAAUAUAAAGUUCAUAUUACUGGAAUCAGUAUGAACAAUCAUUUCAUAGAUGGAUCAGCUCAGUAUAACGUCGGGUUCAUAGAUUCAGGCACUACCUUCAGUUACUUCCCACAUGGGCUAUGGAGUUCAUUUAGAGUUCACUUCGAGUGGUUCUGCAACUUAGACAAUGAGCACCACUGCCUUGGUAGAAUGGCAAGAGACACAAAUUCUGAGGAUAGAGAGAAGAUAUGCUUUGUUUAUGAUGAGAAAAAGUUCAAAGAAGGUCCCUUAGAUUUCUUCCUCAGUUACCCAAUUCUAAACUUCCGCUUGAAGAAAUCAGACCGUCAAGAUGAUUACAUAAACUUCGAAUGGUUCCCUAGUGAGUAUCUUUACAGAGACAAAUCCAACAGAUAUUGCAUCGCUGGUGAAGUUUACAACAGAGGUGAAGUUAUGAUGGGAGGAACAAUGAUGAGACAACAUAACUUUGUAUUCGAUGUAGACACCAACUAAUUAGGAUUAGCCAGAGCUUAGUGCAAUGAGGAUUCUAAUCAGGUUAUGAAUAUUUCAUCCAUGAUUUAAAAAGGUCAGGUAUAUGGACUCGAUCCAAAUCAUACUGAAAGUUUAGUUCAAGUCUGCUAACAUAGAGGUGCAAAUGGAGUAGACCCUAUCACCUAUUUGACUCCAGUGACAUAGAAAAUAGUAAAGAUGACUGAUUCAAUUUCCGUCUUCGAAUACUUAUUCAUGUUUUUCCUAUUCGCAGCUUUGAUUAUAAUUUGCUGUUGUUGUAUUCUUCAAGAGAACAAUGAUGAGGAAUAAGAUAAACUAGAGAAUUCUGACAAGAAUGAAUUUGCAAUGGUUCCAGACCACUCAGUUGACUUAGAUGAGACAAUAGAUUCUGAGUCAAAUAACAAUCCUGGAAACAAAUAAUAAAACUCUAAAUCAGAUAAUAAGUCAUCCAGGUCAAAAUCAUCACAGCUAGAGCAAAAUGCAUAAGUUUAGGCUCAAUAGCAAAGACAAAGAGAAUAGUUAAACUCAAGUGGAAAUAACAGUAAAAAGUCUAAGUAUUAAAACAAGGUUGUGUAUAAGACUGAUGAAAGCGGACAGAUUAGUGGUAUUGAUGUGAAAAGGAUAGAGGUGAAUGAGUAGUAUCUACAGUAGAAGAAACGAAGACUAAGGCAAAAGGUACUUAAAAGCAGCAGAACCAAUAAGAAGAAUUACUAUGUGGAAUUCGAUAAGAUUGAUGAGGCUUCAUAAGAGGAAAGUGCACAAGAAUGA